AGUCUGUGAUUGUAGUUGAGCUUUGUGGUUUUUGCGUUAGUAGCACUCGAAGCGUAUGGUUCUCUUUGGGCACUGCUGACUCCGUGCCUGGUGCCUCACUGAGUAUGUCCACCUGUCUCCUUAUUCGGGACAUACAUAUUUGCGCCAUUGCUUUUGCCGCUCCACUGCAUAGAGAUGACAUCACCGCUAACACACACACAUACAGAUGGAUGCAUGUAGGGAACAGGGACGUUAACACAGUCUCCAUAUGGACAAGUGGGCAGGUUCGAGCCUCUCGUCUGUCAAACAGUCUGUGAUUGGGUGGAGAUCUUGGAGCCACGCUCCGGUGAGCGCAUGUAUGUGAAUUUAACCACUGGCGAAUGCGGCUGGGAUCCUCCACCGGGUGUUUCUGUCCGUCAGGCAGACGGCAACCAGUGGUGGGAAUUGUUUGACCCCCACAGUGGCCGCUUUUACUACUACAACUCCGCAGGACGCCGCACAGUCUGGCAUCGACCCCAGGGAGCCGAUAUAGUGCCCCUCUCCCAGCUGCAGGCCAUGAAACGAUGCAGCGAGGCCAGGCAGGCUGGAGGGGGUGUGGAUAGGCACCACCAUGGGACCUCAGGGAGUGUCAGCAGCGUAGGGAGCCAGGGGCGCUGCACCCCUCUACCUGAGCGGGACAGGGACAGCCCUCUUCCUCGAGCCUUGGAGUCCAACGAGGAAACUGCCAACCCCGAGCUGGACCUGGCAGCAGACAGCAGAUCUCAGGGAGAUGGUAGCAGCACCGAACACAGCACAGAUGGUGGCAAAGACCCACAGAGGGAUACUUCUCAAAGAUGGCAGCCAGCACCUGGUUCUAAGGCAGCCAUGUUGGUGAAGGUGAACAGCAUGAGCCGCACCCAGCCCAACCCAGCAAUCCAGCAAAACCUCCAGCAAAAUAAAGCCAAUACCUUCACCCUCCACACCUCCUGCAACAAGGCCCAAGGGGGACAGUUCAGCUCUGCACAGGGAUAUAAAACGGCCCCUUCUGGCAAAAUGACAGGUGACGCACGUCAGGCCCAUCACCUGAGAAAAGCCAGCAACGGCAGCUUUUGUUUGGUGACGUCAGACAGUAGCCAUCCCAGUCCACUCCUUCACAGGUCACAGACGAGCACACCAUGCCCCGUCUCUCCCCAUUACGGCUGCACUGCUCCAAUCUAUGAUGAGCCAGUUUCAGACUGCCCUAUAUAUGAUGAACCCCCCACAGACAUGGAGGUAGAGGGGGCACACUUGUACAAUGGACAACUUCUGUCUCGUUUGACACCUACCCAUAGUCUCCAGAAACCCAGACUCCUCCAGCAACCUCCUUCAUCUCAUCCAGGGUCCAGACACAGGAGAAAUCCUUCUGCUUCUGACUACAGCCCAGCUGGCCUGGAGUGUAUCAAGCACAUGGUCAACGUGGACCCCAAACAGGGGCUUCUGUCCAGCUCUCCUGUGCCCACGCGUUCCCCUUCACCUACCUCCAGGCAAGACCCUGUAUUGACGCAGCCUCAACCGCAUCCACAUCCCCACACUCACUCUUUACAGCAGGGUCGAGGUCAGUUAAGGGACAGGGAACCAGGAACGCCAGGCCCAAGUUCACUGGACAAGAAACAAAACUGGCGGGUCCUGGAGGCCACUGUGCAGCGCGCCAUGGAGGCUCGGCACAGCAGGCAGAGCAGCCAGGCCUCUCAGGACUUCCCCUCCUCGACCCCGCAGGCCACAGCAAACUAUCAAGACUCUGGUUACUCCACUGGCCCCUCCCCAAGUCUCAGGCGAAAGAGCAGGAGGAGGGUGGGAGCCGGUGGUGGUGCAGGAGGUAGGCCAGGGUCAGUAGGUAGCAGUGGGGAGCUGUGCGCCCUCAAUGAGAGGUUGAUGGCCGAGAUGAGGGAAGUGGUAAGUCGCUCCAACACAAUGAGAGAGGUGAGAGCAGGGCUGGAUCCAGAGAUGGGGGAGAGGGUUGUUGUACCUCGGACACGCUCCCCUGCAGACUCACUUAGGUGGUACGGAGGAGGAGGGGGACGUGGGUCGGCGGGAAGGUGCGCAUCUCGAGAGGACCUCAGUGGGGCGCCCCGUACAAUGAAAGGGGCAAGUACCUGUGGCAACCCAGCCCUGACUCCUCUGGAAAUGCCAGGGAGGCAGAAAAGAACUUAUGAAAAGGUGGAUACCUUGGAGAUGAGUGUCAAUAGCCAGGCCAGCCUGUCGUCACCAGAGACCCCAGGACCACCCUCCCAGGCCAGCACCCUAGAGCUGCAGGCUCAGCUGGAGAGCAGAAAGAAAGGCAUGGUGGAUGGACGGACUGCUUCCCUGGGCCCCCACCGCCCCACCAACCACGACAACGCAGAAGGAGGUGAUGGUGCGGGUGGAAGAGUAGGAGGGUCUGCCUACCAACUCUCCUACGCCACCCUGCGGCAGCCCCCACCUCCUGACAUUGGCAUGGAGGACUGGGCCAGCAAGCAUCUCAACAUGCACACACAAGGACUCUUCCGGCGCCGGGUCUCCAUCGCCAACAUGCUGUCUUGGAACCGCGGGUCCAUCAAAAAGCCCAUGCUCAUCACCAGCAAUCGCGCUGUCAGGAAGGAGGCCUGCGAGAUGUUCAAGCUGGUGCAAGCUUACAUGGGAGACAGGCCCUCACGUCUCGACCGCCGUCACUGCGCCCUGCUUAUCAUUACCAAGUGCUGGGACAUGCCGGGGCUGCGGGACGAACUGUACGUGCAGUUGGUGAGGCAAACCACAGGCAACGCCAGCCCCAGGAGUUUGGCAGCAGGCUGGGAGCUGAUGGCCGUUAGCUUGGCCUUCUUUGCCCCCUCCCCAAAGUUCCGCUGCUACCUGGAAGGCUACAUACAGAGACACACGGAGCCAACCAGCGACAAGAAAUGUGAGUCUCAGACUGAGCAGCAGGUGACCCAAUUCAUACUGGAACAACAGGAACUAAAGCUUAAGAAGAAUUCAAAGUCCAGAAAGAAGCGAAAACAGAAUACAGAGGAGGAAGAAGGCCUCCCUAUCAGCACCUAUGCCAAGUUCUGCCAUCGGAAGCUCCAGAAGGUUGCAAUCACCGGUGGCAAAAAGGGUCUACGUAAGCCCACUUUGGAGGAGAUCGACCACAGCAGACGGGCUAUUGUCACUCCCUCCCUUUUCGGCAGUUCUCUGGAGGAGGUGAUGGAGCGGCAGAGUGAACUCUUCCCAGACAGGAAACUGCCCUGGGUGCAAGUUCAGCUUUCCCAGUAUGUUCUCGCUCUGGGCGGAGCUCAGACAGAGGGCAUCUUCAGGGUUCCUGGAGAUAUUGAUGAAGUGAAUGCACUGAAGCUCCAAGUAGACCAGUGGAGGAUUCCAGAGAACCUCUCUGACCCCAAUGUUCCUGCCUCUCUGAUGAAGCUAUGGUAUCGGGAGCUGGAAGAACCCCUCAUCCCCAUGAACUUCUACAAGCAGUGCGUCACUAACUGCGAUGACCCAGUGGCGGCCAUUGCUGUGGUGCAAUCUCUGCCUGAGCUCAACCGGCUCGUUCUCUGCUACUUCAUCCACUUCCUGCAGGUAUUCGCUCAGCCAUCCAAUGUCGCAAUUACCAAGAUGGAUGUGAACAACCUGGCCAUGGUGAUGGCUCCCAACUGCCUCCGAUGCCAGUCCGACGACCCACGGAUCAUCUUCGAGAACACCCGCAAGGAGAUGUCCUUCCUGAGAAUGCUCAUCGUUCACCUGGACACCAGUUUCAUUGAAGGGGUGGUGUAGAGGUUGCAAAGCACAGAGAGUGCACCUCAGGGGCUGAUCAGCCCUCAAACGUCUCCAGUUAUAUAUUUAGAAGCAUGCAAAAACACUGUCUCUCUGUUCAGACUGCACUGGAAACUGUUGAGGUGACAUUAAACUUCUUACAACACAAGGAGUUCGAAAACCGCUUUAGCUGGGACUUUGAGCCCUUGCGCUCUCCUGCUUUCUUACUGAAAGACAAACACACCACCUUAGGAUUCACUGAUUUUGAUACUAAAAUCCACAGUGACUGCUUACAAGUGGUUCACUUUAAUGACUGUAUUUUCUAACCGCUGCAUGUGAAGAGGUUUACCUUUAUUUCUUAUCUAAUUGGUAGUAUUAUAGUUACAUGGGACAACUGGGCUGUGCAAAGUACAAAAUUAGUUUCAGAAAUUCCUUUCUUGCACAAAAAAAACAUAAGGCAGCAGUGUUAACGCUCUGCCUUUUUUUUCUUUUUUCUCCUCUCCCCACUCCCCUGGUUGAUUUCAUUCAAGCGUGUGUGAUUGUCAGCGUGUGAACAAAAGGCACAGCCUUCUAUUAUGUACAGAAAAUUGAACAUAUGAAAUGUAAAAGAGAUCUUGUAAUGGUGUCUUGUUAAUAAGCUUGCCUGUGCUGUUUUGAGUAGUCGUACUGAUAGCCGGUCUCCUCGUAUUUAAUUUUACGAGGCAUAUAAAGCCGCUCCACCGCAAUUAUUCUGAUAGACUACAGAGGCUUCAUUUCAAAGCACAAACUAGAGGGAUGUGCAGAAAGCUCUUGAUAAUGAAUGGUGGCAAUUUUCUAAGCAAAUAAACAUGGAACUACUUUGAUUUUUCCAAAUUCAAACGAUUGCCGAAGCCAGACGGGAGUGUUAAUUCUAAUUACAGCUCACGCUGUAACGACGUGAGAGGCUGGUUAUUCAACUGAUAAUACUCUCUCUAUUAUCUGUAAGAUAAAUUUCAAUUGGAAUAGAGUUCUCUUGUGUUUGUGGUCCGUAUGUAAUGCUUUUUUUUUUUUUUUUGGCUCAGGUCUUACUAUAAAACGGGUGUUAGAUGUGAGAACUGUACAUGGCCUCUCUCUUUCUCUCUCUCACAGACUGAAAAUUUGAUUAACCUAACACAAGCCUCCUUCACUGAGAAUGGAAUAUUGAUUUAACUGUCAAGUGCUAUGAGAAUGUAAACUGAGCUUAUUUGUGACCCUCUUUAAGGCUUUGUCGAUGUAAAUAUUUUACAUGUAAAAUAGUAGUAACUUCCUGUAAGUGUAUUCUAAUGGUCUGGGUUAUGGGUGAGCUUAACUGUUGCUGUAAAAGAGCAAUAAAAAAACUUUUGUGUUGUAAUUAACUGAUCAUUUCUCUGCUGUAACCGCUCAUCUUACGAACAUAGGAAUGAUUCAAACCACUUUCCUUGUACAUGCGUGUAUGUGUUGGCAUACUUUCUCAUCGUAAUAAGGAAUGACUGUCCAUGAAUAAAGAUUUGUUCAAAAUUA